CUUCAUACUCCUCGUGCGAAGGAGGAAGGUGACGGACGGGAUCACGGAGACGAAUAUGGAGAAAAAAGAGGGGGGAAGAAAGGGGUACCCCACUUCUGGGCAACAAUACCCUGUGCACAUGGCUCAGGAUUCGAUCCCAGUCGAUCCCGUUAGCUAUGAAGAUACGAGUCAUACACUACGGAGUGUGCUGAUGGGUUCGGGUGAUGGCCGUUGUGGUCCGUAGCAGCCCAGUGUAGGUGUAGAAUGUGGUGGCUACCUUUCUCCCA